AUGGUGCCGGAUGUCGGACGCCAUCUCGAUGGCCGCUUUCAUGUGCCAGAUCGCGGGUCUACCAUCAUCUUGAGUGGUGAGCCGAAUGUUGGACCCUAUCAAAUUGUGCCGGACCCAGGUCUACCAUCCUACUUCAUUCAAAUAAAGGGCAAUACUGAAGAUUUCUUCAUGGACCAACACAAAACACCAACCCCCGUGUCGUCACCCUAUCUCGACAAAAAAAAGGCAACAGGAGGCAUAUUAAAAACUAGCGGGAAAAGCGUCGGAACUCCGAGCACGUGGCUGCGUCGUCCAAUGGCUGGUCCGCCACGGCGGCAAAGGAGCGAACUCUGGCGAAACGAGACGGCGGGAAAUUCGCGAGCGACAUCUCGAAUUCCGUCGUGGAACCAGUCCCCCUCUCCGGAUGAUACCUACUCGGUUUCUCCUGGCCCUGUUUAUUUGCUUCACGAGGGCAGAAUUAAGAGCACCGGCUUCAGAAACCCUCUUGAGCGUGGCCACGACAAACAGAAAACCCACAUGUUGCGGCUCAUCCGGGGUAUUCAUCAUCAAGCACCGGCCUUCCGGAAAGAACCUGAGGAACCUGUAAUACUUGACCUCGUACCAAGGCCUGUAAAAUCGGUCCUGAAAGGAAUUCUCCCCGUGGCGUAUCCUGGUAAAACCCACGACAAACCUCUCCCAGGACAUCCAGCGACCUCACAUCCAGGUCCCGAGACACGACCCAUCUCAGAAUCAACGCCACCACUUCCGGCGGACAAUCCGACAUGUGACCCCCCGGAACUUCCUUUUCCCGACGACACACUUGCCAAACACCCAAUUCUUCUCCCAUCGCGUCGCCGUCCAAGAGAUGCACUUGCUCGAAUGCGUGCAAAAGGUUGUCCAGGGCGGAUCUGCUGGCAGACGCUGAAGACGCCUGGGAAUCUUCGGUCUAGUCCAGAAUUUCACGCUCAUUAA